AGAUGUUUCCCGUCAUCCCCCAGGCUCGUUUGGCCCUGCGCUCUGCUAUUUCAGUCGCUGCCAAAUAUCAUUGUAUCCCACGGACUGGUGUCGUAUCCGUCGCACCGAAUCAUUUUCACACGUCUAUUGCGAGACAAGACAUUGAUCAGGCUGCGAGGUACAUUGGAGCGGGAGCCGCCACUGUCGGUGCUGCUGGUUCUGGAGCUGGCAUUGGCUCCGUUUUUGGAAGCAUGAUUAUUGGAUACGCCCGAAAUCCCGGUCUAAAACAGCAGCUUUUUACGUAUGCCAUUUUAGGAUUCGCCCUAAGUGAGGCUGUCGGCCUGUUUUGCUUGACGAUGGCUAUACUAAUAUUGUUUGCAUUCUAAUAUCCUCUCUGUUUAGCCAUUUUCACUGUCACUUUUCUGCUACGGGAAUCAAAAACCGGCAUUUCUAUGACUCCCGGUACAUUUGCACUCUUAGUUGAAGUCAGAACUGUGAAAUACACCAUGUAGAAUCGA